GCGCUUAGUACCACGUGCACCCCGUAGUGUACACCGCGGGAGCGAAGCUCUCUCUCCCUUGCAUCGCCGUGCGAUUGCUCUCAAUUUAUCUUCAACGUCAAAAGGUGGACCAAAGAGCUCCGUCGAGCAACGCCAGGAUCGAGGAAUCGCUCGUUGCAUCGAUCCUGUGGAGCGUACUCUCCUCGACAGCGCCGUCGGCGACCACAGCGGCGACGUCCGACCACACGUUGAUACGUACUACUUGCUCUCGUUGCUGAGAUCUGGAUAUAUAAUCUACGCCGACGCUCCAGUUUUCCGUGCCACUGCCGGAGGAUCGACUGCGCACACACACACACACACACACACACACACAAAAGUCAGGCCAGUAAAAACAAGAGAAUCGGUGAAAAAAGGCAAUUAUCCUAUCUCAAGCUUUCACGAUAGUCACCAACGGCGUCGUCACCAUAAAGGUGGUCAGACGGGCUGAAUAGCACAAGCAGCCAGCAACAGCAGGCAGGGGCAUGCCUGACCAGGAAGGCGAGGUGCCGAGCAUCGUCGAGCUCAACGUGGGCGGGGUCUUUUACACGACGGCUCUGAGCACGCUGACCCGCGAAUCGGACUCCCACCUCGCAGCCAUAUUCCAGGACAAGCUGAACCUCGAAAAAGAUGCCAAGGGCAAGUACUUUUUGGACCGGGAUGGCGUGCUGUUCCGCUACGUCCUCGACUAUCUGCGCAACCAGGCGCUCGUAUUGCCCGAAGGGUUCCGGGAACGCGAACGUCUGAGGCAGGAGGCCGACUUCUACGGACUGGGCAACCUCGUUAAGGCUAUACAAGAGCAGGAGUCCGGUCCUACGUCUUUGACGCAGCAGCAGCAGCAAAAGAACGGCUUCAUAACGGUGGGCUACCGCGGCAGCUUCGCCUUCGGCCGGGAGGGCCUGUCCGACGUAAAGUUCCGCAAGCUGUCGCGCAUCCUGGUCUGUGGCCGAGUAGCCCUCUGCCGGGACGUGUUCGGCGAGACGUUGAACGAGAGCCGCGACCCCGACCACGGCAUGUCGGACCGUUACACCUCGCGCUUCUUCCUGAAGCACAGCUUCAUCGAGCAGGCCUUCGACAUGCUGCACGAGCACGGCUUCAGGCUCGUGGGGAGUUGCGGCUCGGGGACCGCGGGUGGCACGGCCGAGCUCAAGCCCGGCGUUGACCUCGAGGAGAACCGCUGGAAUCACUACAACGAGUUUGUUUUUGUGCGCGAAUAAGACUCGCGGGGGACUACUGGCGCCCCGAGAUGCGGAGCUCCCCAGCUGUGCUGCUUUUGUUGUUGCGACGACGAUGACGAUUACGAAGGGAAGAAUGAGCACUACCGCACGAUCACGAGAUUACGGGGGUGCAAGAGGUAGCCUAUCACCUACGCUGCUGGAAGAUGAGUCUGCUUUAAGACUGUACGUGCGAUCAUCAAUAAACCUCGCAACGGAAGAAUAUGGAAGGUGACGGUGUACCGUUGGAGGGAAAGUGGGCGAGCGACCGAGCGAAUACUGUUGUACCAUAAUAUAUACAUUUAUUUUAUUAUCUAUUUAUAAAACAAUGUUACCAUACCCUUUUCGUCAUCGUCGUCGUCGAUCUCGUCUUCAUAUGGUUUUAAAGGCUCCAAGCGAGCACUUUAUUCCUUUAACUCUGACACGUAUAUAAUUAUCGUAAUUUGUGUACAAAUAAAAAAAUAUAUGUACAAGACGUACACAUGCAUUAGUUUCUACACUGAGAGGAAAAUCUAUAAAAAAUUAUAAGGAUAUUAUAUCAAAAAUGGCUGUUCUGCAGCGUAAGUUCUAAUUAAGAUGCCAAAACAGAUAAAGUCUCUGUUUAAUGGAAUCGUAAAAAUGUAUGUGCUACAAUUGUAAUAUUUACUAUGUUAACUAUAAUUUUUACUAUUUGAACAAAAAUUUUUUUUGUUUCAAUAAUAAUUUUUCCAUUUUGUCAUUUGUAAUACAAUUUACUAUUUAGAGCAGUGUAUUUUUUAAAAUAAUUUCCCUAAAAUUUAUAUAGUUUUUCCCUCUCAGUGUGGGCCAAAUGAUUCGUAAAAAUCAUAUUUAUUAUAAAUAGAAAAAAGAAUAUUCGUACAUCUAAUACGUUAUUUGCAGUGGCUGUUGGUGACGAUUGCGCUAUACGUGUUUAAGUAAUUACGAUGAUAUUUGAGCUCACAGCCAUUGGUACAAUCAUACGUUAAGUAAUAUAUAUUAAAACACACACAUUGACUCCUAAAAGCGUGAUAUAAAAGUAGAAAAUCAAUCAAAUAUAACGUAUACUAUAUAAUAAAUACAUGUGUACUUCGCGACAUGAGAAAAACGCAUAUUACGCGUAUAGACCUCACAAUGCGACGCUUUAUCAAAUCUGAAACAUAUAUACAUGCACUUGGAACUAACCAUACUACGAUGUUAGCUUUAAAAAGGCCGGAAUUUUAAGUCUCGUGUGAAUAUAAGUGGACGAUUUGCGAUGCGAUCUCCCGAACAGUACAAUCGUCACAACAAUUAGCCAACCAUGAAAAUGUGCAUAUACGAAUAUACAUAAAUUAUUUUAUUCUUAACUAUACGCUCUAUCGUACAACACACUUUGAUGGACACAAAUUCUAUUUCCGUUCGAUUAAUCA